AGUUGUCUAUUACUAUAGCAUGAUCACCAUUAUUUGACACUUGUAACUCUACAAAUUCCCUUUGAUUCCACCUCUACAAUAGAUCAAAAUUUGUAUGUCGAACUAUGUUUUCAACCUGCAAAUUGCAAUGGGUUCAUAACCCGUAGGUGACGUUAAUUAAUUUUAUUUAUUUAUAUGACAUAAAAAUUGUACAUUUGUAUAGUGUUAAGUAUAAUAUCUGUGUUUAUUUUUAUCAAUUUUUAUGAAUAUUGUUCAUGAAUAAGAAAUAAUGUCCUUCGAGUACUUGCCCGUGGCUGAAGAUGAAAAUGAAGAACCCAUAGAAUUACCAAUCGAAGAUGAUGGUACGUUGAUGUUAACUACCGUAUCGGCGCAGUUUCCAGGCUGUUGUGGCCUAAAAUAUCGUCACCCUGAAACAAAAAACAUCAGGGGUAUCAGAUUAAGAGAUGGCAGAUUGUACCCACCCCCAGAAGGUUGGGGUAAUCAUUUAUACAUAUGUAGCUUUCCUAAAGAAUCUAAACGCAAACCGGGUGAAAACUCCGAAUCAGCUGCGGCAAAAAAUAAGCGUAAUGAUAACUUAUGCUCAGAUUUGAUAGUGUUGGGAUUGCCUUGGAAAGCCACAGAGCAAACUGUUCGAGAGUAUUUCGAGAAAUUUGGAGAAGUUUUAAUGGCGCAAUUAAAGAGAGAUCCCAAAACUGGUAUGUCUAAAGGUUUUGCCUUCAUUAGGUUUGCUUCUUAUACCUCUCAGAUGAGAGUGCUGGCACAGCGGCACAUGAUUGAUGGGAGAUGGUGUGAUGUUCGGAUACCCAACUCAAAAGAAGGUUCAGUUGCAUCUAUGCCCUGUAAAGUGUUUGUUGGUCGCUGUACAGAAGAAUUAACAGCCAAUGAUUUGAGAGAAUAUUUCUCACAGUUUGGGGAAGUUACAGAUGUGUUUAUCCCCAAACCAUUUAGAGCUUUUAGCUUUAUUACAUUUUUGGAUCCUGAGGUUGCACAAAGCCUCUGUGGUCAGGAUCACAUAAUUAAAGGUGUGUCAGUGAAUGUUUCUAAUGCCUCUCCAAAACAAAACAAAAGUGGUUCCAAUCUACGUAAUAUGCCUGGUAGAAAUUAUGAUGAUGGCCACCCACACAAUGCUUCAAACAAUAACUCAUGGAGCAGCCGCAACAUGGACAUGGUUAACAUGCAGGCUUUGAGCUUAUCAGGACAACAUGGUCAAACUGCUGUUGCUGGAGGGGGAGGCCAGGCUCAAGGUGGCAGCAUGCCUCUGGGAAUGGGAGGACUACCAGUAAACCAGGCUCUAGUGGCAGCUGCACUAAAUCAAGCUGCUGGUUGGGGCCUUAUCAACAACAUACCGUCCGGUGGGUCCGAGCAAGGCGCCUUUGCUGGACCAGCUUCAUCUGCACCACCAGGUCCACCCAACUUCCUCUCCUGGAUGCAACAAGGUAAUUCUGCUCAGGGACCUUCUAGUCAGUGGGGACAGCGUCACCAGUCCCAAGGCCACUCUGUUUGAUCCAUCAUCUGGUUGAAAGCUCACAAUAAUUUCUGUGAUUGUAGCAACAAUUAGAUAAUUAUUAUCAUGUGUAUCUACAUAAUAAAAAAUCAUUGUUCUUAUGGUAAAGAGAGUGGUUUACAUAAAUAGUUUGCUACUGAUGUUAUUUAUUUAUUGUGGAGUUGCUUGUGUUAUGUUGAUUUUAUUCAAACUUAUAUAAUUACAUAUAUUACAAAUGGAGUAGAUUACGGUAUCAUGGAUCAUACAAACAUUGCACACUAGAUGAAUUAUUAUAUUUUAGUUACAUACUUAUAUAUAUAUUAAAUAAAUAUUGGUCUUGCUGUGCUUCUUCCUAAUAAUUGUCAAUUGAAAUCAUGAACUUUCAGCAAUUUAGCAUGAAAAAGGUAUCAUGUAUUUGUUUUGGCCCAAAAAGUGCAAAACGUAUUUCAAUUGAAUAUGUAUAUUACUGUAGAAGCCUGAAGAGUUCAUUGUCUGUAUACUAUGUUAUUAUAAUUACUUAACUAAAUGUAUUCAUUAUUACACAUUUUUAUAAUGAUUUGUGUAGUCAAAAAUUAAUAGUCAUACAAAUUCAAGAGAAUCAUAAUGGUGCAGCUUACCUAGUUAUUAUAAAUAAUUGUAACAACAUACAAUGUUGCAGCAAGUUAUGAUUUUUCAACAGGCUUCUAUAGUAUAAAAAAUAUAUAAAAUCCAGAUUAUGAAACACAUUUGGUUAGUAUCAACUAUAAAGUUAUAUGAUUAUUAAUUUUGAAUCUGUCGAAAAAUUUCAGUACAGAUCAUGCCAAUAAUUUUAUCAACAUAUUUUUUGAAAACCUAAAAAAUAUUUAUUGUUUUUAGGGGAGCCUAAGAUUAAUUAUUUAUUGUUGUGCUAAACAUUUUGCAAUGAGGGAUCUUCUUUUUAUUUUUUUAAUUCCUUUUCCUAGCUGAUGAUGAUGGCCAUGACCUAGGUACGUGAAUGCAGGGAACUUAACGUCAUAACAAAGUCAUAUAAUUUUCAGGUCAUAUAACAAAACGUUUUAUCAUCAAUAAUAAAAAAAAAUGAAAAUGAGGAAUAAAAGGAGAAAAGAACUCAAUCAAAUUACCAUCCAAAUAUUUUGAGAACAAUUUGUCCAGAAAUCUGAAUUUCUUGGGUCUUGGCUCAAAGGGCUUGGUGCAAUGUUUUUUAUUUAAUUUGGCAAAGACUCACUCUCGUAUGUUCAACGCCAUCUGUCACUUUCUUGGGGAACUAUAUUUUUAAAUUCUGACUAUAAAGGUGUUAUUAAACUAUCCCAUUUUUUUAUGAUUUAUAAACAUAAUUGCGAUAAAAUGUCAAAGAUCAUUAAAUUAAUGAAAGGAAUUCCAAGUCGCACAUCGCGCCCAUACCGUUAUUGAUAUUCAUCCAACUUGAAUAUUUAUUUCAUUCUGCGAAAAUCUGUGCACCCCUUGGGUAUGGAACCAUAAAAAUUAUUGAAUGGCAAUUAAAUAAGUAUAGCAUACCAUAGAAGAGCAACAACAGUAGCAGUAAACAGUGAUAUUUCAAUUAAUACAACAAAAUAGUGCAGCACUGCCCAAAUUACUGUUGCAACAUCUAAUUGUGUCUAAAUUCUUACACUAACCCUACAUGUUCCUUAAUCUGGAUUUAAAAACAAUAAUAAUAAAGUUAAAAAGUUCUGUUUCACGGCAUUAAUAAGUUUUUACUGUAGUUUUCUAUGUAUAUCUAUUUCAAUAAAGGACCUUGUUGAAAGGGCCCUUGAAAAUCAAGUUACCAUUUUAUCAAUACCAAGAAUUCAAGCUGUCAUGGUUAAGAUUUUUAUUUACAUCUGGCAAAAGCUUGAUUAAGAGCAUUAAAUAAAAUCACCUAAUAAACAUUAUGUUUUAAAGAAUUAUUGAAUUGAUAAUAUAAACAUCACUGUUAGUAUAUAUUUGCAUAGUAUAUAUAUUUACCAAAAUAAGAGCUAUUCUUUUUUCUAAUCUUAAUUCACAUAAAUUUUAUCCAAUUUUAUUAAUCUGUCUAGAGAUAUAUAAAUAAUGUUGCCAGGAAUGUGGUAAAAAUUAAUGAGAAAUUAUAUUUUGCGUACUAAUUACUAUUACUUACAUCGCAAUUAAUUGGACCACCUUACGAUUGGAUCUUACGCAACUUCAGUGCUAAUAUGUGUGUAAUAGAAAUAAGUGUACUGUGCUUUUGUACAUUAAUAGGUAAUGAUUAUGAUUUAACAGCAGACUGUUGAGAGUUCAUACAUUGUAUAGUAAAAAAAUAGAAAUCUAUUGAUUGUUACAUUGUUUAACAAAUAAUGUUGAUUAUUAUAAAUUUAUUGUGUAUGUUUCCUCAGGUGGAUGUGGGUAUGAAAAUUGUAGACAGAUGUCUAUUUUUGACGAAAUAAAUACAUAGUUAGAAUAUUUUUGUUACUAAGCAAUGUGGGAUUGUUUACUGAAUGGGUAUAUAUAGACUUAGCUGUAGAGCACUGAUCCAAUAGCUUCUGUAAAUAAAUUUUAGGAGAAACCGAAAGGAUGUUUGUACAAAUUGCAAGACUGUAUAUAUACAUACAUAAACGAGAUGAUAAUAAGACACCAUUCUAUAACGAUUAAUCAUGUCUCUACGAAGGAUUAUAAUAUACCUACUUUAUGAUAAGAUUCCAUUGCCUUCUUAAAAUGUUCACUUAACAAGAUUAAAUUCCUGGUGAGCCUUCGAAUUUGUACUUUUCUAAUCAAAACAUAAGGCAUAUUUGUGAAUUAUGUCCCAUUUCAUUUUGUACGCGAAUCUUAUUUCCUGGGGCCUUUAAUUUGGGUAGCGAGCCCCUAUAUGAUAUCACUACUCCCCAUUUAUAUAUAACUACCUAGACUAGACCUCCAGAUUGGAUUGACUCUUUAAGUUAAAUCAAUGAUAUACUUAAUUAUAACAAAAUUAAAUAAUUUUGCAUAAAAUUUUUUACACAAUGCUAAGAAUAGUUGCAGUGUGGUAACUACACUUAAGUAGGUAUAUUGUAUGUUCUUAGAGACUAUAAAAACUUUAAAAGAAAGCUCUACGAUAAAAAUACCCGUGGCAAAUGCCUUAUCGUCUCCGUAUCUAACCGAAACGGUAAAACAAACGUUCGACUAAGGGCCUCUUUCACCAUCUCAAAGUAAAGCGUUGAUUAGUUACUUGCCAAUUAACGUUAACUGGCAAGUAAAACUUACGAGUAUCUUCUACCAAUUUCACAAGCGAAAAUAAAGCUUCGAGUAACUACUUGCCGGUUAAGUGAAUGACGUAACAAAUUAUACGUUACAUUCGUUCAAAAUUACGUCAAAGUUACUCGUCAAACGUCAUUGACAGGUUAGCUGUCAUUUGUCAUUUCAUUUCGUGUGGUGUUUUUGUUGUGUUUUUUUGG